AUGGAGGACCUCCGCCUAGACGGAGAAAGCGGUGGCAUGCUCAUCGUUCGCCACGGUCGCACAAGUGAUAACCUCAAGUUUCAUCCAACACAGAGCAACAACUGUUCUCCGACAGAACGGCCGCCGCACGGGCCUCUGUCUAGUAAGAAAUUACUCACGGAUAGCGCGAAACGAACAAUGAAUCAGAGUCGGCUAAUUUUGACUGAAGUACCGACACUAUCGGGACAAGAAGCAAUCAGCAGACAGAUAAGGACUGCUGGAACCAAUGGGGGCACAGCUCGGAGCCCCCCACUCCUGAGGCGCAUUACCUUAUUCGACGGGCGGCUAGGUGAAGCUAAGGUCGAAUCCGAGAUCUGGGAAUAUAUUACGUCGUUGUUUACUCCACAACAAGGAUCGGCCAAUGUAUUGGCUAAUGCAACUGUGUAG